AUACGAAAUGUCAAGUCGCGUAUUUAUGCUUAACUCGAUUAUGGCUCAACUAAUAUACCUAAAUGGUGUUUACAAAUAGGCAAAAUUGCAUCAAUAAUCCUAAUUGUUGACCCAAAACCCGCCAUUUCUAAACCCUCACAAAUCACAAAACCCCAACUUUCUCCAUUUCAGUCUACUUGAAGCAAUCAAUGAUGGAGAGAAAAUUCACUCUUCUCCACACCGUCGCAACCGCCGGCCUCUUCUCCGCCGUAUCCUUCUGGUAUGGCUUCAUGUUUGGAAGAGAAUCAGCUCGGAAAGAGCUUGGUAGUCUCAUUGAUGAUCUUCGCCUCUCUAAUUCCAAUUCCGCCUCUUCGCCUACUCCUCCUCAAUCUUGAUUGUGUAUUUUCUCUCUCCUCUUUGUAGUUGUUGUUUUUGUAAAACUAAUGCUUUGAUGAAUUAAUUCACUAGUUGCUGAUUUUAAUUUCAAGUUAUCAGCUCCUUAUUUGUUGGUGCUGAGUUAAUUUUUGAUUGUUUCUCCUCAUUAUAUGUGUGAUUGUGUUUGUUAUUGUUAUCAUUGGCUUUGAUGUUUCUUCGGAUACAUGGAGUACUUAGAACUUAAUUAUGGAAUCGAUAAAAAGUUUUCGUUUCUGCUCGAUUGAUCGAGUUAAUAA